CAUGACCAGUAUGCACUGAUGUGCCCCAUGGGGCUUAAUAUUGGACGCUAAGAAAAGUGUAGCUUUUCUCAAGUCAUCACAUCAAUGACAAUCUCUUCUUCUCUAUUCUCAGUAAAAUGUAGAUUAUUUCACAAUUUAUCGAGUCCUCACACCAGUGACGAUCUCUUCUAGCGAAUUCUCUGUAAAAUGUAGUGACGACAAUUCAAGUGACGGCGAGAGGGGCGUGUCACCGAGGGGGAGGAAAAGGUCAGGUGAGAACCAUGCCUUCAUGUUCAAGGCGUCGCCCCUCCCAUACCGCAUUCUGGUAAUCUUGCUCCUGCACCUCAGCUCAUGACCCAGCGAGCCUCGCCAGAACUUUCUGUCGCCGUCCAGGACAGCAAUUCUAACCAAAUCUUAUGCUGUGUUCUUGAGCUUGGUUCCGUGCGGAACUUUUGCCUUCCUGGAUUCCUUUGGCGCUGUGAAUAUGGGAGGCAGGGAGGAGGUUAUAGUGAACUCGGCACUGGAGCCCAACAAGCAGUUUCCGCGCUGGAACAAUAUCAGACUGCGUCCUUCACAGAAACCAAUUCGGAUCAGAAAUUUAAGGCAGUCGUCACAAAAGAGGAAUUCCAGAGACCCCAGCCCCACCGAGAUGAGCGUGGAGCCCUGGGCCAGCCCGCAGGACCAGGCCGCCGCUGAGCACAGCGCACGCACGCCGCCGCCCUCGCCGUCCUCCCAGGACCAGGAGCAGCAUCCCGACAAACUCUGCCUCGACUCCUUCUGGAAAGAGGUGGAGACCAUUCGACUGGGGGGCGGCCUCGCGGACCUCGACAGCACCCGGAGGGAUUCCCGACAAUCGGAAGAAGGUGAGCAAGAGGAGCAGUGGCUGGCCGACGCCGGUCUGUCCAACCUCAUCGGCGAGGGCAGUGAGGAUGUGGACAACGCCGUGCUUCUGUCCACGCUGACGCGGACGCAAGCCGAGGCGGUCCAGCGAAGAGUGGAUUCCUACACGAUGUCCCUACGCAAGAGGAACAAACCGGCACCGCGCCACGUCCGCGAUAUUUUUGACAUGCCCCUCCGUCAGGGCUUGUCUGAGUCUCAGCGUAGUGAAGAAUUGGCCCAGAACAGCAUGGCACCCGUUUCCAAAAGCCCACACUCAGCUCCUAGGGAGGAGAUCUUCUUCACCGACGUGGCUUAUUGUGAACAGGCCGUCAUCUUCCUCAAACUGGCCAGACUGUCUCCGAGCAACAUCCAGCGAAGGAGGGAGGAAAGCACCUUGCCUCGAAUAAUCUUCACCAAGUCCCGUCUGGGAGUCACUCGAAUUCAAGACCUGUCUCACGCCGACAUGAAGAAGGUGCGCCAGUUGGCUCUCAUCGAUAUGACGGCGCUGUGCGACCUCAUCGGGCUGGAAGUGAAACGCCACAAGACGGCCAAGAGGAAAUUGCCAGAGAGCUCGUUGUUUGGGGUGCCGCUAGCCACCUUGCUGGAGAACGACCAGAAAGUGAAGCCGGCAACAACCACUCCUCUCCUCCUACAAGAGCUUUUAACGUUCCUGGAGAAGAAGGGAGUCGAUUCCGAGGGCAUCCUGCGGGUUCCGGGAUCUCUCUCCAGAAUCAAGUCCCUGCAGCAGAACCUGGAGGCCAACUUCUAUUCGGGUCAGAUCAAGUGGGAGGAAGUGAGUCCCAACGACGCCGCCGCACUGCUCAAGAAAUUCAUCCGAGAGCUCCCUGCUCCUCUGCUCACCGCCGAGUACCUCAACACCUUUAGCGCCGUCAGAGACAUCAGCGAGCUUAAGCAGAAACUGCACGUGCUGAACCUGCUCAUUCUGUUGCUGCCUGAACCCAACAGGAACACUCUGAAGGCCCUCUUGGAGUUUCUCAGCAAGGUGGUGUCCCGGGAGAAGAGGAACAGGAUGAACCUGUGGGCCGUGGCAACUAUCAUGGCUCCCAACCUCUUCCUCCACAAGGCCGUGCCCAGCAGGCUGACCGAGGGAGCCGAAAAGGGGCAGGUGGAGAAGGCCGCUGAUGUCAUGAGACUCCUCAUCCGCUAUCAGGACCUGCUGUGGACGAUUCCAAAUUUUGUCAUGAACCAGGUGCGGAAGCUAAACGAGAAUAGCAAUCGGCGCUACCAGUUUUACGAUCGCCGCUUCAAGAACCUGCUAAGGAAGAUCCACACUGACAACAAGGAAAAAACUGAGAAAAAUACCUCAGAGACACGGCGUACGGUGAAGAUCACCAUCGGGGAUCAGGUCAGCGGCUUCAUGGAGUUCCAGAUCAACAUGGACUCACGAGCGUCCGACCUGCUGACCCAGUUUUACCACCAGUUCAUCCACAGCCCUGAAACCGGGAAGGGCCAACGACGAAGGAAUGGCUCCAUGUCCUACUCAGAGUGCGCCCUGUACGAAGUGGGAGGCAACAUCGGCGAGCACCGCCUGGACCCCGACACACACCUAUUGGAUUUGUACAACAGCAACUCAGGAGGUGAGUGGGUCCUCAAGAUGAAGCCCAAAACCAGAAGCGUGUGAAAGGAUGGAUUCAAGAAGAUCGGGGGGAAAAAAUUCACAGUGAGAGCAACAAGGCAGAAACAACCAGAUGGAGGACAGAUGAACAAUCUGCUAGCAGCAAAAUCUCCCUCCCCCACCAAAAAAAAAAAGCCCUCCAUGACCACGCUCUUCCCCUCCACCUCCCAUGUUUCUACAUCCCUCCAUCUCCUCCUCUCUUGAUGUGACUCAUUACGUGUGCUGAAGGACCUGCUGCUGCAUUGACAGCAGCAAGAGAGCAAGAGCGAGAGAGGAUCCUUGGGCAGUUUUUGGUGCGCCAUCUUUUCUCUCCAGCAAUCAUCGCCAGUCGAGAGAGAGCAGAUGGGCCCGCAGAGCACCUCUGGCUAUACCCUCUGCCCAAGCCCUUCCUACCACCUCCCCUGCCCCAUCAUCAAUCUGACACACACAAUGUGUUCACUUUAGUUAAAGAGGCUUAAAUUCAUUCCAGAUCAUACACGUACAAGGGUUUAGUGCCUUGCUCAAGGGGAAGGGAACAGGAAACAAUUGGGCAAACAGUCCCAAUUGUCCGCGUUUUUACUGCAUGGGUGGCUCUUUGUCUUACAUAUCUCAAGAUAUGUGGCUGGCUGAAUGAAUCGCCUAUGCUGAAAUUUGGCACGUUUCGAAGGACCUUGCAUCCUGCUAAAUAAUACUGUACAUGUGUUUUUGAGGUCCCCGCCAAAACUCACUCAGGAGAGGAAAAUUAGUCGCCAAGUCAAAGCAGUACGUAUUUAAUUCAUAGUGUUGUCGUUUGUAUAUAUAUAUUUUUUGUUUUUUGGCCCCUGAAACCUGUCAUUUUGUGGACAUGUGAGUAGACCCACAAAAAGUCUUGAUACAACACAGCUUUUUUUUUUUUAAAUAAAACCCUUUCACAACAGCUGCAGAUGUAACAACGCGCUUUACAAAACAUUUCACCUCAAAUCACAAUAAUACAACAGAACACAACGUUCUGCCUGAAAAGACACAAAAAGUCAGCCAUUUUGAUUUGGCGCAACCAUUUGAGAGUUACCAUGGUCAACCUAAGAGGUCAUCUCUGAUUGAUGCCAAAUCUAACCCACGUAUACUAGUCUGCUGAGUGAUGCUAAAUCAGAAGGUCGACUCACUAUAAAGCACCAAACUCUUGAGUCAACUCCUCAGGGUCAUCUUAAAUGUGUGUGUGCGUGAUGAUGCUCCAGCCCUGAAAGACAUUCACAGUAUGGAGUCCUACAUCUGGUACACUUCCAAAAUUUGUAGGCCAGAUCAAAUGCUCUCAUGGACCAAAGGCUGCUCACAUCCUGCAGAACCUGACCAGAAGUGCAUCUUAUCAUCUUGGACUUCUUGGGGGAUUCUCUUGGUCCUUUCUUACUUCCUUGAUGUGGUAGCCUGUGGUAGAAAAUGGACAUCAGUGAAAUUGAUAGGCUUCAUUGCUCCACUCGAAUGGCAGUCCAGAGCAUUUCUCUUCCUUCUGGGCCCCCCUUUUCUUCCGGUAUGUGCCCUUUAAAAAAAACGACCCUGAUGCACUGAUGGCUAUCUUCUUAUCAGAGACCUCCUGUGCUCUCCUGGGCCUUAUAAAGAAUGGACUUCUGAACCUGUGCAUUGAAGGAUAUUUUGAAGUCAAAUGGUGUCACCUCCUCAAGGACACAUGGUGAAGCUGGUCUUCAUUUUUUUUUUAAUGGGAGUGGGAGAUAGGGGUGGGGGGGGGUUCCUGUGUGAUGUUUAUUUAUAUGAAUGUGAAGGCAUUGUCAUGUACGUAUUUGUGCCGCUAGCUAUUGUUCAUUUACUUCACUUUCUCAUGUAUAGUUGCUAUGCGCUUACUGCAUUUCGCAGCCAGGUAUGCGUCGCCUUCAUGUUGAUGUGGCGCCGCCAUUUUGUGGCUGGCGCGCGCACACACAGGGGACAUCCAUCAACACGCAGCUCGCCAUCUCGCUGUCAUCUGGGCCGUAAUGGCUGCCGGGCACAUACAUCACAUGCGUCGCAUCUCCCCGAUAAAGGGGGAAGCUAAUAAAUGGCUAUUAUAAA